CCUCCGGAGGAAUGGAGUUCUCGGAGUUGAUCCGCACCAGCCGGGCCCAACCCGAGCUCUUGCGGGGCCAGGAGGCGGCCCCACUGCGUGGCACGCUGUGCGUUACCGGCCACCACCUGCUGCUGUCUCCAGGGCCCCAGGCCACUCUGGACCUUUGGCUGCUGCUGUUGCGUAGUGUUGACUCCAUGGAGAAGCGCGUCGCGGGGAACCCGGGUGGUCUGGAGUACUUGGAGAGGCGGGAGCUGCGGGACCGAGGGGCUGGAAGGUGUGGGUGGGAUGACCCCACCUUUCCCAGAUCCCCCGACUCCUUCUCCCUGGGAUCGGUCAUCACCUCCUCUCUGUUCUUCUACCGUCCCACGGGCUUGAGAUUGGGCGACGCCUGGCACUUCCACCCGCCCGGAUGCUACUACAAGGGACUAGCACGCGAGGUGACCCGUGAUCAUGCCGGCACCCUACUGGUGCCUUCACUGGCCCAGCUCAUCCUGGGCCCCUUGAGCCGGACCAUGGCUGGAUUCCAGGAACUGGUGGAGUGGGAGUGGAUCCAGGCCAGCCAUCGCUUCCAGCUGCACUGUGCCCACUCGGCCUUCUGUGCCUGCCCCAAGCACGAGGCGUCCACCUUUCUCCUCUUUCUGGGCUGUGUGUGGCAGCUGGGCCGCCAGUUCCCGCUGUCGCUGGAGUUUGGGGAAGGUUUGCUGUUGGCGUUGUUUGAGCACGCCUAUACCUCCCUUUUUGGCACCUUCCACUGCAACAGCGAAAAGGGGAGGUGUGCCUGUGUAAGAACUCCAACACACUCCUCGUGCUCGGGGCUCAACCAGCCAAAAAGGCAACGGAAACUCUGGAACCUGCUCUAUGUGCUCAAUCCUUUGGCCAUCUGGCCUUCUGUGGAGCCUCACAGCCUGAGACUGUGGCAGGCCUAUUUCUGCACUGGGACGCCCCCCCCCCCCCCCCCCCCCGCCCCCAAGCCUUCAGAGGUAGCAUGGGAGGCGUGGCCAAUAGUAACAGAUGAGAAGACAGAAGGCUCUCAGCCAAUGGUUUCAGCCUCUGAGCCCCAGCCCUAA